AUGUCGAGUGCAACCGAGGAAUCACUGCUGUUAUACUACCAGAAUGCCUGCGGGAUGAAUACUGUCAUCGACGAUUAUUUUCUCGCGAUCUCAGAAGGUUUCUACGACGUCAUCGCGUUAACGGAGACCUGGCUCGACGACCGCACUCUACAGUCUCAACUCUUGGGACAUGAAUACGAAGGCUUCCGCUGCGACCGCGGUCCUCACAAUAGCUCGAAAAAAACCGGCGGAGGGGUGCUCGUUGCUGUUCGCCGUAGCCUGAAAGCAUCCAGAGUCAACGACGUAGCUUGGAACAACAUUGAGCAAGUCUGGGUAUCUAUAAAGUUGAAGGACCGUAACUUAUAUCUUUGCACCAUUUAUAUUCCACCCGAUCGUACUCGUGACAAAACGCUGAUCGAGUCCCAUCUCAAUUCAGUGUUGAUGAUAGCUGCGAAAGCAAAACCGCGCGAUGAAAUAGUCAUUAUCGGCGAUUUUAAUUUUCCUAACAUUUGCUGGCGCGCCUUUCGGAACGGCUUUACCUACCCGGAUCCUGACCAUUCUUCAUUUCACACCUGCGCUCUCGACCUGCUCGACGGCUACAGCUGCUCAAAUCUGAUUCAGAUCAACUGCAACGCGAAUGAAAAUGGACGCUGUUUAGAUUUAUGCUUCGUUUCCGCCAGUGAAUCUGCUCCUCGGUUGACGAUUGCUCCCGUCCCUCUAGUCAAGCUCGUACCUCACCAUCCUCCACUGGUUCUCUCCCUCCACAACUCUCAAAGACCUGACUACCACGAAACACCUCCUCCAUCUAGUUACAAUUUCCGUCAAGCCGACUACAACGGACUUUUGCUUGCAUUACAGAACUUCAACUGGUCGAUAGUCUUACUUCAACACGACAUUAAUAUUGCAGUCAGCGAAUUCUCCUUGCUAAUGAACCAGCUAAUCGAGCGCUUUGUGCCUAAAUCACGGAGCACGCCUUCUAAACAUCCUCCAUGGCAAACACCGGAAUUACGUCGACUAAAAACUGUAAAAAGGGGUAUUUUCCGGAAACUUUCCGCGAACAGGAAUCUUCACCUACGCGAACAUUAUCAACAUUUGAACCAUGCUUAUAGACGUCUUAGUCGCCGCUGUCACCGCAAUUACACGAGACGUAUGGAAGCUAAACUGAAAUCCGACCCCAAGCGAUUUUGGAAAUUUGUCAACCAGCAACGUAAAGAAUCCAGUCUACCGACUACCCUAGAGUUUGCCGGGGAGACGGCAGAUAAUACUCCCGCAAUCUGUAGACUUUUUGCAACGAAAUUCUCUAGCGUCUUUUGUAAUGAAACACUUACUUCAAGUCAAAUCGACACUGCUGCUAACAAUGUUAUUCCUACCGGUCGCGCAAUCUCAUCUAUUGAUUUCGACGACCGUGUUGUACUCUCUGCAACUGCCAAAAUGAAGCAUUCGAGUUCUCCCGGCCCCGACGGAAUUCCUGCAACACUUAUAAAACACUGUAUAACCGGUUUGCUUGCACCAAUCUCACAUCUGUUUCGCCUAUCUCUGGCCAGCGGACGCUUUCCUGAAGCAUGGAAACAAGCCUAUAUGUUCCCAGUUUUCAAAAAGGGAGAUCGAACAAAAGUCGAUAACUACAGGGGAAUAUCAGCCUUAUGUGCUGUAUCGAAGCUGUUCGAGUUAGUAAUCAUCGAGCCAAUCUUCUCCUAUUGCCAACAAACGUUAGCCAACGAGCAACACGGUUUCCUCCCAAAGCGAUCCUGCACUACGAAUUUGCUUUGUUUCACUAAUUACGUGACUGAUAGCUUUACUGAACGUUCGCAAACUGACGCAAUAUAUAGGGGAGAUCAGAAUGCAGCAACAGCAGCAGCAGCAGCAGAGAUCCGAAAAUCAACAAGCAAUGUUGAGCGAAACAACAAUAUCGGACUCAACAACAACCGCAACGUCAAGCAACAGUCGCUGAUGCAGUUGACAAUUAUAAAUCACUUAUCCGAUACCGGCAACUGCGGUUUCGCCCGUAAACCAAUUCGACGGAUUGACUAUCCCGGGGAUGACAUUGAAGUCGUGAAAAAUGACAUUCAAAGCAAUCUGGGUGAACAGUUUAACGCUGUUAUUCCUACAAUUGCUAAACCGAAGGUUAAAAUUGUAGGAAUGAGUGAUCAGUAUUCCCCCGAUGUUUUCGUUGACUUGCUUAAGAGUCAAAACGAGAACAUCGGCAUUAAUGAAGUAAAAAUAAUUGCGCAAUAUGAAAAUCCACGCUUCAAAUAUAACAAAUAUAAUGUAGUAAUUGAAGUUGACAAAGACACUUAUAAAAGUUUGAUGAAUGCUGGUAAAGUAGGCAUCGGGCAUACUGGUGGUGUUGCUAUUUACGCCAGGGAAUCAAUUAAAUUCAACAUUCGUACAAACGAAUCUGUUGAGAAUAAUUGGUUUCUAGGGAUUUCAGUUGAAAGAGGAGAAAUGGAGGUAAUUGUGUGCGGUCACCUGCAGAAUCCAUCAGCGUCGGCUCGGGAGCUGGUGGGACUGACGAAUUAUCCUAAAAGAACUGGGAUGUGA